AUGGCGGCUCCCAAGAAGGAUGAUCUCAGCAACCUCUCCUUCAUUCUCAACAAGCCCAACGAGGUGACCUUUUCCGACCGCCCCAAGCCCACCCUCUCCUCACCACACGAUGUGCUCGUCGCCGUCAACUACACCGGCAUCUGCGGCUCCGACAUCCACUACUACCUCCAUGGCGCCAUCGGGCAUUUUGUCGUCAAGGACCCCAUGGUCCUGGGGCACGAGUCGUCCGGUACCGUGAUUGAAGCGGGCGAGGGCGUGUCCAGCCUCAAGGUCGGUGACAGGGUCGCCAUUGAGCCCGGCUACCCAUGCAGGCGGUGCCACGACUGCCGCGCGGGACAGUACAACCUGUGCCCGGAGAUGGCCUUUGCUGCCACGCCACCCUACGACGGCACCCUGACCGGCAUCUGGUCCGCCCCCGCCGACUUCUGCUACAAGCUGCCCGACAACGUCAGCCUGCAAGAGGGUGCCCUCAUCGAGCCCCUCGCCGUCGCCGUCCACAUUGUGAAGCAGGCGAUUAUCACACCUGGCCAGUCCGUCGUCGUCAUGGGCGCCGGGCCCGUCGGCCUGCUAUGCGCUGCCGUGGCCAAGGCCUACGGCGCCUCCAAGGUUGUCAGCGUCGACAUUGUCCAGUCCAAGCUCGACUUUGCCAAGGACUUUGCCGCCACGCACACCUACUCGUCGCAGCGCGUCUCGCCCGAGGAGAACGCCAAGAACAUCCUUGAGCUCGUCGGCCUCCCGCGCGGCGUCGACGCCGUCAUUGACGCCUCGGGCGCGGAGCCCUCCAUUCAGACCUCGCUGCACACCGUCCGCAUGGGCGGCACCUACGUCCAGGGCGGCAUGGGUAAGCCGGACAUCAACUUUCCCAUCAUGGCCCUGUGCCUCAAGGAGGUCACUGCCAAGGGCUCCUUCCGCUACGGAGCUGGGGACUACCAGUUGGCCGUCGAGCUGGUCGCCACGGGCAAGGUGGACGUGAAGAAGCUUGUCACGGCAACAGUGGCUUUUGAAAAGGCGGAGGAGGCGUUUAAGAAGGUCAAGGAGGGCGAGGCCAUCAAGGUGCUCAUCGCUGGGCCCAACGAGAAGAUCUAA